AUGACUUCUACAACUUUGCGUGCCAUCACACACCGCCUGACCACUACUCCGGUCGAGCAAUUGCCCUCGAUAGCCUCGUUCCUUGCGACUUCGUUGAGCGAUUGCGCCGAGCUGCUUUCAGCACCCCAAAAUCAAAAGUCUGGAAAGUCGGACUCCGAUAAUGCAGUACAGAUCCAUAAAUUGAAGACUAGACUGGCAAGUCUGUUGCAGGACCGCAGUGUGGAGGGAAGAUGGACCGCUGUCGUCCUGGUGAAAGCCACGGUCGAGGCUGGUCAAUGGGAAAUUCUGCGCGGUUACGAACCGAUCGUCCGCAGCCUGAUCAGUAUCCUGUCGAAACCUGAUCCAAUCUCCACAAGGAAAAUGUGUAUCAUCACACUUACUCGGAUAUUCCACCUCACAUACCAAUACCCAACACUCGUCCGGGAGAUCACAACCCCACAACUUCCGGCAUUUGUCACCGCUGCUUUGAACUUGGUUUCUAGCAUCACAAAAACCCCUUUGGGCUCAGUCCGAAAGCCGAGACCUAACACCCCGUUCAUGGAAAUUGUCUUGCAUGCCUUGCUGGAAUUGGUCCCAAGACAUGUUACCAUUUUCCGUCCGUUCAAUGGCCAGCUCCGGACUCUUCUCACCGAAGUCAUUGGCUCAUCUUCGCCUGCGUAUUUCCCGGAGCACGUGGUCGAUGCAGCUGAAGAACUGCUUGUCUCCCUCCACAAGUGCGCUCCCAAGGAUCAGGCUAGCGCUGGAUGGAAGGAUGAUUGCAAAUCGACAAUCUUGUCUAUCCACCGAACGAUAGACCAUGUUUUCCGGGCCGUCGUAGAGCAGUGGGAGUCUGUUGAUGCGGGUCUGGCGCACAUACGACCAAACUAUAGCGCGGAAAUCGGCGACCAUGCCGAGGAUGGCCUUGGACUUCCAGGCUGGAACGGACUUCACUCGGGUGUUGAUAGAUUGAUCGCACUUUUGAGGAUCCUCUCUGGAUUCAUCUCGAUGCCGACUGCAGUUGCAGUUGCUCUUCCGAUGGGCUCUAUCCUUGAUGUGACGUCCCGGUUGACUUCUGUGACCGUCCCGCCGAACGGCGCCGUGUCAUCUCAGUCUGGUAUCCAGUUCAACCAGGAAAUCAGCCGCGAUGAGCGAGAGGCACUUUGGAUGGAGCUACCUCGGAUCCACAUCGCCUGCAUGGAUCUGCUUUCCAGCGUUGUCGAUGUGCUGGGGACUAGCGCAACCGCGGUAACACAGACUAUCCUAGAGCAGGCUGUCUGGACCUUCAAGGGCGAAAAGUUCAACAGAGACCUGCGUUCCUCCGUCUAUAGCUUGCUCCGUUCUUUGGUGCCGGUGAGCGGACCUGCCAUGACCAAACAGAGCGUGGUGUCUCUGACCAACGUGCUACGCACUUGCUGCCAAGAUCUGCUACCGGAGACUGAGGAAUCUACGUCGACGGGCUCUGACCCUAAAGCAAAGUCGAAAGGUGGACAAGGGACAUCCAAUGCGGACGCCUUUUUCAACCCCAAUCUGCAGAAGUCUGGUCAAGCACAAAUGGGCUCCCCGGUUUUAGACCUUCAGAAAAAUGCCUCCGGACUCUUGCAGGUCGUGUUUACUUCUAUCCCUGCCGAGCUUGUCCCACCCUCCAUCAGAGCCGAAUUGGACCGCACUAUCAUUUUGACAUCCGACAAAGAUGCAAUGCUUGCUAGCGUGCUCAACCCUGUCCCAGCAAUCAAGGGCCGGGGAGCAGGCUCGAGCAUCAUCCCGUUCCUGGCUAGGCCUUACGCUGAUCAGAUGGAGGUGGAAGCCCUGAUCCGUCCCAGAAUGCCAGUUCUGAUGACCGCACCCGAACUUGAUGCCUACGUCGAUGAAGACGAAGAAGCAGAGGACGAGGAGAUGGGUGAUGAUUCAUACAAUGCGGCCCCAAAGCCUGUCGAGUUCCUGAAGCAACCUGUGUCGGCACCGUUGCAAGCGCCAGAGGAAGCUCAGACGAAGAUCGCUGCACCGGUGCCUACCUUCCAAAAGCGAACCUACACCGAGGAAACUACGUCUCAGGACCCAACACCCCCGAAGCAAGAGACCAAGAAGGCGCGCUUUGACGAUCUCGUCUCGAGCGCUUCCAGCCAGCAGCCUUUCAUUCAGCCGGCAGCUACAAUCACUCAGGCUGAGGCACCCAAAGUUACCACACAGCUGUCCACCACCUCUACAACCGUGAUCUCGCAGGCUACGGAGCAAGUUGAUGAUGAUAGCGGGGACGAAUUGCCCACUUUGAACAUCGACUCCGACACUGAUGAAGAGGAUGAUGAUGAUGUGGCGAUGGAAGGAUAG